UGCGUGGCGGUGGAGAAGUUUGGCAGAUAACGUCGAAGCCAUCACGGACUUUGUGGACAACGGUGGAAAGGUGCUGGUGGCGGGAAGUUCCAGCGCCGGGGUGAAUUGUCUUCGGAGCCGAAAAAUUCAAUCGAUUCGGACAGCAGCGCGUACUCGUACAUUCCGGAAGUCCCGUUCAAGGAGUAUAGGAGUAUCAUCACACGAUCGAAUCGCUCGUCGAAAGCGGCUUGUGGCAGCCAUUCGUGGUUGCUGACAUCCAGCUGAAGUUUGUGAGCAUCGAUCCGUCAAUCCGGACCAUGCUGAAGCCGAUCGGUGGAGGACGCUACGAGACCAAGUUCGAAAUUCUGGACGUGUACCAGUUAAAGGUGGACUCCGACCGCAGCUGUAAUCUAAGACGCAGGUCUCACACCCAUUACGAGCGGUUCAUCCCGAGCAUCUACGUACUACGAGAUUACGGAACUGCUGGUGGAACAAGGGUUGAAGUGUACUUCACUGCACGAGGCUUCCGCCAAAGGCAAGCCCAAAACUCGUUAAUCGUUGAUCAAGCGCAGCGCGUAAGUUACAAGACAAACCGACGGUGCUGGACCCGGUGCAAAGGAGGCAAUCGAAAACCGAACCUGCUACGGGCAAUUCACCCUACUUUAAGGAAUAGCGCUGGUCUUAACUACUUGGUGGUGGAAUAUUUGGUGGAGAAUGGUGCUGACUUAAACGCACAUGACAAGGGAUGACUGAUCAGCUUGCCUCGUCGUUCGACCAUCUGGAUAUCGGACGGUUCUGAUCGCCAAUUACACGAGUCUGGAUCUGGCUGCAGCUGAGGACGUCAAAUUCUUGCUUCAGGGUGAGACUUCGCAAG